CGAAACUCCUCUUGGCCUGGACUUCAGAACAAAACACUACUUGUUUCUUAACUAUUCCUUUCUUGAUUGAAGACACGCAUUGCCACCCCAUCUAAUAUCGUCUUCGAUCUCUAUUCUACCAACCUCCGUCGUCAACCCUUCACAACACCCUACCAAUCUUCAGGCUGCCGUGGUGGGUGAGUGGAGCAGGAGAUAUGGGACGGCUGUACAAAAGGCAGGACUUCGAUGAGGAGGAAUCUCAAGUCCACGGAAUCACCGAGAACAUGACGAAAUCUCUCGAAGAGGACGCGAUACAUGGACAGGAAUCUUCUAAUUUGAUGGAAGGAUAUGUAGAGGUCCGCGACAACACUUCUACCUCGAGGACUCAUCAGCUCACGGACCUCUUCCCUGACCUCUACCCUCUUCAGACUCAAGUCAUGGACGACGACGGAAAUGUGGUUGGCGGCCAUGCGUCUCAGAAGGAGAAUGUACAGAGCGCUUUGAGUUUUUCCACGGGACCGCAGAUCGACAGUGGUUUGCCACCGUCGUCUCGACUCAGUUCGCCGCAAUCUCGAAUCAAGCCCAUGUCGACGACCGAUGGCAAUGCUCGAACUAAUGGCUGCUUACGCACCCCGAACUCUGCUGCACGUUCUCGAAAUCAGCAGAUUGAGGAGUGGCCCGGUCAUUUCUCUCGAGCCCUUGACAAGCAAAACUUGGGUACUGUCCUCGUCGCAUCGACUCCCAGUGGCUCGCCUUCCGGCUCUCAGGAGCACCUGGAGACUCAGCCGGAAGAGACGCACGAGAAGACUCAGCUAGUUACACAGCACGGGCCCAGCCAGGAGUCGAACAGCUAUCAGACCAGUUCUCCAUCUUCAAGCUAUUUGCACAUGUACGAUCGACGGUCGACGGAACCAGAGCCCACCCAAGUCAUCGAGGUUGCCCAGAUUCGGCGUGGCUGUCUGCCCACCCAGUACUUGUCGGGAUAUACUGAGGAGAAUACGGCGGCUGAUCGGCAGGCUACUCAACCGUGGGAUUCCGAAGCAGAUGAACCCAAACCUCGAGCCUCCGUGAACCCUCGCCCUCGCUCUCUUCUCGACUCUCUAGCCGCUGGGAAACGAGAGAAGUACGGUGCGACGGCUCAAGUCGUUGCCAGAGCUCGCGACUUGGGAGCUUCAGCACCACCUCAGGCCCAGUCAGGACCAAAUUCAGACACCGAACCAGACUCUGACUCGGAAGCCGCUGCUCGAAGAACAUCUGCCUUGACGAAAGAAAGCGUGCGAGAGGAGGAAGAGGAAGAGGAGGAACAGCAGCAGGGUAACGAUUGCGAUGACGACGUUGAAGAAGAGGAACCGGAAAUGCCAUUGGCCUCGGUUUUCGAGGACAACGCAGAGCUGAAAGGCAAGGGAAAGGGAAAGGCGAAGGGGAAAGGCAAGGUGUCGGUUUCGAGAAAGACUAAGGUCGCAUCUGCUUCUGCCAAAAAGAGCGAGAAUCAACAGCGUGGCCAGUGCAAAGCGAAAGCUACGCCGAAAAGCUCUGGAAGGCCGAAGAGAAACGUGACCAAAAGCUCUCGUGCUGAGGAUGACGACGACGACGACGAUAAUGAUGAUGUAGAGUUCGCUGCAGGCCCUAGCAAGAAGCGCAAACGCUUUGCAGGCGUUCAAAGCCCAGCUCCUCCGAAGAGUGUCUCUGCUUCUCGAACCAAGAAGCGAGCUCGCACAGAGUCGAGCCCAUCCAACGAAUUGACCGAUCUCUCAGCCGGCACUGCCAUAUUCACCUUCUGGUUCCAGACCAGCUUCUACUAUGUCGCGCGGGUGUUAUGUCCAUCGAAUGAGGGCAAGUACAAGAUACGCUUCGCGGAUGGAAAGGAGUGCUGCAUUGGUCUCCGGCAGAUGCGGCUGUUCCAGAUCCGUAAGGGCGAGCGCAUUCUCGUCACGACGAAACAUGCGGCAGCGAUCGCGCUCGCGACAGUCCAAAGCGACGCCGAAACAGUUCCUGUUCGAAUGGUGGCGAGCGGGAAGCAACUUGAUGUGCCGAUGGCCAUGGUUCACAUCGACGCAGUUGUCUACGAUUCGCGACGUUCUGUCGAUGCGGAUGAACUCAAAUUCUGCCAAGUGUCAGCCAAGGAAGCGUCAUGUUUUUCUGGCUGCGUUUUUCUCUUUACGCUCGUCGACGACGUCAAGAAGAAGAAGAUCUCGGAUGUGAUAUGGGAACAGGGGGGCACAGUGUGUGCCGAAUGGCCGGAAGUGAUUGCAAUUACAGAGGACAGGAAGCCAAACCGCAUCGUGCUCCAGCAGCAGCAAAUAUCUCCCAAUAUCCCCCUCGGAAACAGAUUGUUUGUCCUGUCCGAGCAAGCGGUGGCGUCGUCGAAAUACAUGUUCGCACUUGCUCUGGGGGUCCCGUGUCUGCACGUGGACGUCAUAGAGGCAAUCGUGGACGCACGAAGCUUCGACGUGUGGACCAAAUAUCUGCUCCCUGCCGGUCUAUCGGAGAUGUUUGGAUGUUCAGUCACGCAAGUUGUGGAUCCAGAAUGGAAUGCCGCGGGACGACAGUUCAAGCAGAUCAUGAGCAACCCAGUGGCGUUCAAGGUCUUUGCCGAUCAACGCGUUCUGUGCGUCGCAUCGGAGGUGUUCCGGGACAACCAUGUCCACAAAGAUCUGCCUCACAUCCUGCUCGCCUCGGGGGCGUCCUACGUCGAAGUCGUGCGCGAUGCGAAGUACGUCAAGGCGGAAUAUGAUGAAUUCGACUACGUCGUCAGUAUCACCGGCGCACUUCCGCGCGGAGUGCCUGAUGAUCUGAGCGUUGUUUCUUGGGACUGGAUCAAGGACUCGCUAAUCAGUCGCACUCUGGGGCCCAUGGAGGUCGACUCGGAGUAA